UCCAGAAAAACAAUUAGCCUAAUCAUCCCUUAAGAACACAAUAUAUGCUCAUUACAUUAUCUCUUCUUCUUCUUCUUCUUCUCGACCCAUUUCCUGGCUUCUCUCUUCCGCCCGAUUUCGCCACGAGACUCCCUGACUGACAAUUUUGACAUCGCCCUGCCAAAGAAGACAAGGGGAAGGAAGAAGCAGCAGCCAUCAGAGGAGGAGGAGGAGGAGGAGGAGGAGGGAGGAAGAAGAGCCAGGUUUCGCUCCUCCACUGGAUCUCCUCAAAGGACCGACCGAGAGAGUGACGUCCGGCAAAUCGCUCAGCAGUGCUUUCGAGGGCUCUCCCAGGUGCAUGCUAGACAUUGCAAUCCUGAGGCACACACUGGUGACACGUGGGCUUGCAGGUGCCAAGCUUCAAAGGGUCUGCUCUUGGAUAGUGCUUCCUAAUUACCUCUCAAUCUUGCAUGCUUCAGGUACAUGCUGCUAGACAUUGCAAUCCUGAGGCACACACUGGUGACAAGUAGGCUUGCAGGUGCCAAGCUUCAAAGGGUCUGCUCUUGGAUAGUGCUUCCUAAUUACCUCACACGCUUGCAUGCUUCAGGUGUGGUGCUGGCCUUAAUCAAGUUUUUUUUUUCUUCUUCUUUAACUACAAGCUGUUAACACACUGUCAAUGCAGUAGUUAAAGAUCUGCAGAGUUUGUCACCAGGUAUUAUUAUUUGUACUUUACAGGUGCAUGCAAAACAUAGUGUGUUGCCAUAGUGAAGCAUAUGAUGGAUCCACAAAAUCAUGACACAGAUAUCAAGCUACAGCUGCCAAGGAAACGUCCAAGAAGUGAUUGUAUCAUCCAUUGCUCUGAUGGUAGUUGUGACAUUCUGGUGUCACCAAAAGAUUUGGACUCCUGGAACACAUUACUUCGAGCAGCAGAAAUCAGACAACAUUCUGGUAUUUUGGAAAUAGCCAAAAUCCUUGAAGAUGGACAAGUGCCAGAAGUACUAUAUCAUCGCAAGUGUCGUAGUCUUUUUACCAUGAAAAAGGCUCUUAAUGCUAUCCUUUCUAAAUCUGCCAAAGAUACCAUUGUACACCCUGCAGAGGUCAGUUUCAGAAGAUCAACUCGUGAUGCACCAAGUACUUCAAGGGUGUAUGAAAGUAACUGUAUCUUCUGUAGUAAAUUCAGCAAAUACCUGAAAGGACAAAAAACAAGGGAACCACUUAUCCAGUGUGCCGAAUUACGUGCAGAUGACAGAAUUCGCAAUGCAGCAACAAAAAAACUUGAUCAGAAAGUUCUCGCCUUAUUAAGCAGAGAACUUGUUGCUGCAAAGGGACACUACCACAAGUCUUGUUACAAACUGUAUACAAAAGUGGAGUCUGCUGUAUGCUCUGGUACAGCCAAAGAGCAAGAACACACUAAGGAUGCAGAGUAUGAAGACGCAGAGAGACAAGCUUGCGAGGAGCUCCUCUUGUACAUCAGGAAUGAACUAUUCCCCAGUCCUGAAGUACUGCCUAUGACAGAUCUCGCAUCAAGGUUUGAACGAUCUAUGAUCGGUCGUGGCAUCAGCGAGAUCAAACCUUCAACAAAGAAGCAUUUACGUCGUAAGUUAGAGCGUGAAAUGGGUGAAUCUCUCCACUUUGUCCCUCUUGAGACAGGAAAAGUUCUUGUUUAUCCAGACACCAUGUCAAGAGAUAGACUUGUCAAACAAGUCUAUAAUAUGAAGAAGGGUCUGGAAGAUGCAAGGGUCUUAAACUCUGGUGAUAUGAGCAAAGCAGCAAUGCAGCUGAGAAAUCAGAUUGUGAAGCAAGAUGUCAGCCAGCCAUGGCCUAAUACAGAUCAAAAUCUUGAAGAGUUCUGCGUCCAGGCCGAGACGGUGAGCCUGGUGACUGUCCAGGAGGCAGACAGGGACAGACAGGGACAGACAGGGACGCAGUUUGGAGGCUG